GACUUAAUGGUCCUUACGAUAAAAUGAGUGUUUGUAAGCCCAGCGAGAUUGUCGCCAAGGAGGAGAAGGGCGACACCAGCAUCACACUCCCCAUUCAAAGUGCGGGAGACCACAAUGGAAACGCAUUUCCUACUUCCUCAUCUUCUUCCUCACCCUCCUGUUUGGAGGAAGCCUCUCCAGAGUCAUUGUGCAGUCAGAGCAGCGUCAGCAGCGGAUAUACUGACAGCCCACAAGACUAUGACAUGCUCGAAGUCACCCUGACAACUACUUUGUUAACGGAAACCAAAGAAAUUGUAGAGGAUGCCAUUUACAACCGGGAGCAAGAGGAAAAACAUAUUCUUGACAGAAAUAAAACAACAGAUAAGAUGUCAGAAGCAAUCGACAACUCCAUAUCAGUUUACCUUGAUGCCAGCGUCGGUGAUCCCCAAGAAACCAGGAAUGACAACCUUGCACUGUCACUCUCGCCGGCAUUCGAUACUGUUGACCACGGUAAUAUUUGUGACGACACGAAUGGAGAGAGACACGGCUCAUCAACUCCAGACUCCGAAACAACGGAAAUUCAUGAUGAUGAUGCUGAAGAUGACGCUUUGUAUUUUUCAAUUGGCUCAGACAUUGGUGUUUGGAGAACCUGCUCAGCCUACACAAGCUCACCUAAUCCAAGCCUCGAUAGCAGCGUGAACUCGGUACCGGGCUCUGAAUACCAGAUAAGAUCAGAGGUAGCGUUAGAAGAACAGAUUCUGCAUCCGCUGUCCUCACUUCGAAAAACAUCUGAGGACUUGAGUGACACCGCUAGCAAAUUAGCUGUUACUCCCUCUGCGGUCCAAGACGCCGAGGACAUUCCACAUCGACUAACUUGCACGGAGCAGUUUGCGAUGGUCCCCAAAGCUACCAAGGUCCCAAGCAGACUCAAACUCAGAACAGACGUUGCAGUUGUCCCCUUGGCUGGAGCUUUCAAAAUGUCACAUCGUGGCAAAAAUAGGCCAUCCAAAGUGGAUUUGAAAAACAUCAAAGCUAAAGUUGGAUCACGACCCACCCUGUCGCCGCCCAAAAUUACUGGCCAAAAUAAAUCCGUUUCAGGAAUUGAAAGGAAGACUGCUCCGAGGAAGGAGGAAGUGAAGGCUUUUUAUGGAGGUAAAAGGCAAACACCAUCUGCUGGUACUGUCAAAGUGGCUUUGGUUCUGAAACCCAUCCGAGGAGGACAGAGCACAAACAUCAAAACCAGCCAUAAGGCAGCGACCGGUGAUUCCAAAAAGUCAAAAAGGCCACAUGUGGGCUACAGUGGAACACCUUCACAUUGCACCGGUGUCAUGCACAUAGAGGUGACUGGGGAGAAACGCCAGGUUAUACCCAGAAUGCUAGUCGAGGAAGUCUCUGAUAAAGAGGCAAGCAUAGAGUCUCAGCAUCAGAGUUCAAAACCCGGUGAAGAAUGUGUGGAGGACUAUUGGGAGGGGACUGGUGAGGCGCCGAUGACUCUGGCCAAUUUGGACAAACCAAAGAAUCACACCUCGAAAGUCUCCAAAUUGGGACCCACUGUAAGGCAACCAGGGAAAAGCAUUAGAGCGGAUAAGGGACUAGUUCCACCACCAGGGACUGGACCUUCAGGACCAGAGGGCCCCAGGCACCGGCAAAGCCACAUUAAUGGACCUUUGUUAAAAGAAGUUGGUCAGAGUGCCUGCGAUGGAUCUCCAGUGAAAGUGAGACACAUUCAAAGUCAGAGCCACGGUGUCUCCAAACCUAGCACCACACCAGAGCAGCCGGCUUCACCAACAGCCCCCGGCUUUUCAAACUCCAAUUCAAAAUCUACCGCUCGUCUCCAGCCAGCCUCCGCGGCGUGUGGGCGACCUGCAUUAAAUGCUGCAUCCAAGCUUCCUGUGAAAGGCUUACCUUCAAGUCUUAUAUUUUCAUCACUGGGAUGCAAUGAGAAUAAUGGACCUACACACAAAGCUUCUCCAAAAUCUUCAUGUAUCGGUACCAGGUCGGAUGAGAGAGCCAGCCGAAGCAAUCCUCCCGUAGGCAGUCAGAGUGGGAAAAAAAACUUGGGUCCCAGUAGUUCCUGUGACACUGUUACCUGGUUGAACAGCACUUGUGUUACUUCUGCUCCAAAGUCUCCUGCAAUCAGAAGCAAAGUGCUGUCCCUGCAGUCUCGAACAACAGCUACAGGUCUGAAGAUCCCAACAAUUAACAACUACAACGCCAUCAAGACGGCAACGGCAAAUCAAACAACCAAGACAUCUUCCACUGUCAGUCAGGUUAUGCCAAAGCAGGCAUCUCAUUAUCCAUUGCAAAGAACUGGCUCUGCAAGGCUCAGCGGACUAAACGGAACAGUUGACAAAAACAAGCCCAGGGACGUCCAUGGAAGAGCCACUAACAAUCGCAGCAGUUCGCCAGUUCCAGCACUUGCAGCAGGAAACAAGCCGCAGAAUCCAUCACGAGCACUGGUGCCAGGUGUUGCGAAUGCCAGUGUGUCCAUGGCACCAGUUUCCCCAGCGCCUGUCACUUUUUCCACCAACACUGGGUUAGGAAGCACGGGACCCCCUGCACUCAUAUUCAAAGCAAGAGCAGGUUCUCGGUCGAGCCCCAAACAUGGAAUACGUUUGCAAAGUGGACCCAAACCUGGUGCAGUCGCAGCUAAACAGAACCAGAGUAAAGAACUUACGGAGAAGAAAAACCAGGCCAGCCAGCUUGGGAAACUGCUCAUCCAAGCAAACAAAAAAGUGGAGGCUCUUGCUACGGUGAUUCAACAUCUCUUCAAUGAGCGUGAAGAGGCAUUCAAUCUGAAGACGGACUUGUCACUAGAAUUGGCGAAGCUCAAAGACGAGCUGGUGGCCUCGUCUCAGUGCUGUGACCGUUUGCGCAAGGAGAAGGAGGAGGCACGCAUCAAUUUGGAGGAGGCCUUGAAAAAGGUUGAUGAGCAACACAAGGAGGAACUGGUGCAACUGGAGGACAGAUUGAGGAGUUUUUACCAAACAGAGUGGGACAAAGUCCAUCAAACGUAUCAGGAGGAGGCUGACAAAUGUCGCAUGUUCAUGGAACAACAGGUGGAGGAGAUGAGGACCAGGCAGGAAGCUGAGAGGAAGAACCAGGAAGUAAGUCACAGGCAAAUGAUUGAGUCUCUCAAAGAGCAGCAUGAGAGCUCGCUACAAGAGCUGAAGAGAGCGCAGGAAAUGGAUCUGGAGAAGCUGGACAAAGCACUAAAAGAAACAGAAACGACUUUUUCUGACAAAAUAUGUGAGCUGUCAGCAGAAAACGCCGCCCUGAAUGAAAAGCUUAAAGCAGAGGAAGAGAGGCGGAUGCUCACAGACAAGAAUCUGAAGGACUCGCACACUCUUUACCUGGAGCAAGAGCUUGAAAGUUUGAAGGUAGUGCUGGAAAUCAAGAAUAACCAGCUGCACCAAAAGGAAAAGAAGCUCAUGGAAAUGGACACGCUGGUGGAGACAAAUGUAAAACUGGAGGAAUGUCUGACCAAAGUUCAACAGGAGAACGAGGACUACAAAGCCAGGAUGGACAAACACGCCGCUCUCUCGAAGCAACUGUCCAGCGAGCAGGCCAAACUCCAGCAGACGUUGCAGAAAGAGUCCAAGGUCAACAAGCGUCUGUCGAUGGAGAACGAGGAGCUGCUGUGGAAGCUGCAUAACGGCGACCUGCUGGGGAGCCCGCGCCGCGUCUCCCCCACGUCGCCCUUUGGCUCGCCGCCGAACUCUGCCACCUUCCCUGCCGCCGCGCCCUUAUCGCCGAGAUAACGCCGUCCUCCUCUCCUCUAAAUGCCUCGAGGAAGGAGGGGGGGGGGGGGAUGAUCCAAACCUUGGCGUUGGACGCAUCGCUCGAGCAUUUUUGAACUGUUUGCAGUCAAAGACUUUGAAAACGGAGGCAUCGCAGAUGCACUUCGAUGAGCUUGUUUAGCUCCUGGCUACCAAAUGCUAACAAACACCCCCCCCACCCCCCUCAAGAAAAUUGUGGGCUUGACUCAGGGUCUGUAUAUACUGUAACACAGCGCUCAAGUGUUUUGGCUAGCUACCGUUUUUCUGUUCUAUACCCGAUGAGGAGGAAGCCGGGAAAGUUUCUCGGAUUGCGUUUGGUCCUGCGAAGCAUAAUCUGUCAUUGCCACAAUUUGUUGUUUGACAAGGAUCGUCGGCACUGAUUUUGCUCAGUCAUCCGGGAGGGGCUCCGAGUCGAGCCGCUUCUCCUCCACAUCGAGAGGAGCCAGAUGAGGCGGCUUGGGCAUCUGAUUCGGAUGCCUCCUGAGCGCUUCCCCGGUGAGAAGCUCGGUCAUCCGGGAGGGGCUCACAGUCGAGCCGCUUCUCCUCCACAUCGAGAGGAGCCAGAUGAGGCGGCUUGGGCAUCUGAUUCGGAUGCCUCCUGAGCGCCUCCCUGGUGAGGUGUUCCGGUCAUGUCCCACCGGGAGGAGACCCGAGGAAGACCCAGGACACGCUGGAGAGACUAUGUCACCCAGCUGGCCUGGGAACGUCUCGGGAUCCCCCGGGGAGAGCUGGACGAAGUAGCUAGGGAGAGGGAAGUCUGGGCUUCCCUGCUAAAGCUGUUGCCCCCGCGACCCGGCCCCGGAUAAGCGGUAGAUGAUGGAUGGAUGGAUGGAUGGACAAGGAUCGUUAGCCUUUAUUGUUCUUUUCAACGGGGACGGUUUUCUCUCCAAAGAGCGAAGCUCAAUCACUGGUCUUCCUUCAGAUCUCUGGAAGAAGUCAAUGAACUUUUCCACGCUAACGUGAGCAGAUGAGAAAUUGUACUUUGGUUUUGUUCCACAGACCCCAGACCCAAAGACUUAAACGUGCUCUAAAAUGUCAUCUUCCAUCCUUUCUUUCCUACGUGUGGAAUGUAAAUUCUCCUCGGAUGUUACACUAUGUCCGUGCAGGCCUGAUUCGACCCUAGCAACUCCCAUUCCGAUGCGCAAAAUGGUGAAAAUUGAUAUUCCCGCCAGAUUGACACCUUGUAAAAUCAACUAAGGCAACUUCUAAGUGUCACACUUGACCAACCUUUACCCGCGGUGUGAAAACAUUUAUUUGAAAUCACCGGCCUUUUAAGUUUGACCUUUUCUCUUCAUCCUCAAAAACUUCAAAUGUACACACACCCACAAUGCCUCAGUACCCUAUGUUCUCUUUUAUUUUGAAAACAGGAUAAAUACAGUUUGGCAUCCGA